GUGUUUUCGUUGCAGUGUGAACUUUUAAUUUGACCAUGUUUUUAGCCUAACAGUGGUGUAAUAACUUUCUGGAUCGCAUGGUGUCGGUAUAAUGGUCAAUAGCGUCAGCAGAGCUUUUCGUCGUCACCAUUAGGUCCAAUCCUGUAUUUUGGCAUUACGAGUAAAGGGCUUGAACACGAAACUAGCUCUGUACAAUUCCCAGGGCUUUCUUGGCGAUGGAGCACAGUUUGCAUAGGAAUAAGCCUGAUUGUUAUUUUUUGACCAUACAAUUAUAGAUCCCGGAAUUAUUCUUUUUUUUGUCUGUACAUAAUGGAACAAAGCGGACGCCAGGCGUGGAUAGAGCGAUGGAGAUGCGUCGCCUACAUGGUGGCUUUGGUGACGUUUUGGAACGAAGCCUCAGCUCAGAUCAGAUAUUCCAUCUCCGAAGAGGUAAAAGAAGGAAGUGUUGUUGGAAACAUUGCGAAAGACUUAGGAAUUGAUAAGGCCACGCUGAAAGAUAGAGAGUAUCGUAUUGUUGGCAGUUCAACAGAACCCCUUUUUCGUUUGAAUAAGGACGACGGUAUUCUGUAUGUAAGUAGGAAAGUGGACAGGGAAGAGAUCUGUGAACGAAGCAACACCUGUAUAAUCAACAUUAAAACCGUGCUAGAAAAUCCUCUGGAAAUCCAUUACGUGGCCAUAGAGGUGAUGGAUAUAAACGACCACUCCCCCGUCUUUCAAGAGAAAGAGAAACGACUGGAGAUAUUUGAAUCGACAUUACCGGGAGCACGGUUCCAGCUUCAACCUGCACGCGACCCUGAUGGUGGUCAGUUUACUGUUCAGCAGUAUAAACUCAGCCACAAUGACCACUUUCGUUUGGAAGUUAAGGAGAGGGGCGAAGACCGUAAGAUGCCCUUUCUGAUUUUACAAAAGCAGUUAGACAGAGAGGCUAUGGGAGAACACAAGCUUCUGCUUACAGCUAUUGAUGGUGGGAAGCCGGCGAUGUCUGGAACAAUAGAAAUAGUAAUUGUGGUGCUCGAUGUUAAUGACAAUUCACCUGUUUUUACAAAAGAUGUAUAUUCUACCAUCUUAAAUGAAAACGCGCACCCUGGUACGUUAGUUAUUCAGCUUAAUGCGACCGAUUUGGAUGAGGGUGCUAACAGAGAAAUUGUUUACACAUUUGGUAAAGAAGUGGAUAUACACUUGCAAAAACUAUUUCACAUAGACCCAAGGACGGGUGAAAUUAAAGUGACCGGUAUAAUUGAUUUUGAAGAAAAUAAGAGUUAUGAAAUUGAUAUACAUGCUUCAGACAUGGGCACUAUCCCCCUUUCCACAGACAAAACUGUGAUAAUAAAGGUAAUAGACCUAAACGAUAAUCCCCCAGAGAUUGAAAUUACAUCAUUUUCGAAAUCAGUUCCAGAAGAUUCUAGAAUUGGAACAACAGUAGCUUUGAUCAGCGUCAAUGAUUUGGAUUCAGGCGCCAAUGGGAAGGUUUCCUGCUUUAUACGCGAGGACGUUCCUUUCGCUACAUCUCCAUCCUUGCAAGAUAAUAUGUACGCAAUAGUGACUAAAUCACAACUUAACAGAGAAAAAAAAUCUUCUUAUGAACUGACAGUUGUUGCAAAGGACAGUGGUGAGCCAUCGCUCUCAUCUGAAAAGACAAUAAGUGUGGUUGUAUCAGAUGUGAACGAUAACAGACCACAGUUUUCAGUGAGCCCAUAUACGUUCUAUAUUACUGAAAACAAUGACCUAAUAGCACCAGUAUUUUCAGUUAGGGCAUCUGACCUUGAUGAUAGUGCUAAUGCACAUAUUUCAUAUCACAUUCCGAGGGACAGCAGUGGAGAAAAUGUUGCUCUGUUUUUAAAUAUCAACUCUGAAACUGGAGAUAUUUUGACACUAAAAAGUUUUGACUUUGAAACACUGAAAACAUUCCAGUUCCAAGUUGUUGCCACAGAUUCUGGAACUCCGUCACUAAGCAGCAACGUCACAGUGAACGUGUUCAUUCUGGAUCAGAACGACAACGCUCCAGUCAUCCUGUAUCCAGUCAGCUCUAACGGUUCUGCUGAAGGUGUGGAGGAGAUUCCCCGCAAUGUGAACGCAGGACACUUGGUGACUAAAGUCAGAGCCUAUGACGCUGAUAUAGGAUAUAACGGCUGGUUACUGUUUUCACUGCAGGACGUUACUGACCACAGUCUCUUUGGUUUGGACCGCUAUACAGGACAGAUCAGAACACUUCGCUCAUUCACAGAGACAGACGAGGCGGAGCAUAAACUGGUCAUACUGGUGAAAGACAAUGGGAACGUUUCACUCUCAGCAACAGCUACUGUGCUUGUCAAAGUUGUGGAGCCCAAAGAGGCUUUUGCUGCUUCUGAUGUUAAAAGUGCAACAAAGGAUAAGGAGGAGAAUAAUGUGACUUUUUACCUGAUGAUAACUUUGGGCACAGUUUCAACACUUUUUCUCAUCAGUAUCAUCGUGCUGAUUGCAAUGCAGUGCUCCAAAACCACAGACUAUACUUCUAAAUAUCUACAAGAGACUAAUUAUGAUGGGACACUGUGUCACAGCAUCCAGUACAGAUCUGGAGACAAACGGUACAUGCUAGUAGGACCCAGAAUGAGUAUAGGAUCUACUAUAGUCCCGGGCAGCCACGCGAAUACACUAGUGCUCCCUGACAGGAGAGGGGCAUCUGGAGAGAGGUCAGAACAGAUGUAGGUCUGCACUGCACUUGGCAUCUGUAUGAGCUACAGCCACAACAUCUGCUGCUGUGCUUAGGUCAUCACUGCAUGCCUGGAGGAUUGAACUGACUGAGCGGGCAGCGCAAGGCUACAUGCAAGACAGACAGCUAUUAAGUGGAAAACAAGUGAAGACACAGUUGGUUGAAAAUCCCCUUUAAGGUCACCCUGUUGCCUAAAAGCGCCCAGUGAUCUAGAUUUAAUGGGAUGGGGUUGUGAUCUCUGAUUGAUAGAAUGUGUGGGUGAGGAAAAUCCAGAGUCAGCUGUUUAGACAUUGGAUGCAGUCAUAGUAAGAGGAUUGCCUUCUUACAGCAAUACAUCUGCACUGCUCACUGUGGAGUAGACGGGGUAUAAGGCCACAGUUGCCAUACACUUGUCUGAUUAAAUACCGUAUGUUGUAUUAAUUUCUGGCCAUGCAUGGAUGGGAUCAGAUGUUGGCUGUUAGAUGGAUCCAGUCUCUAGCUGAAGGGUUCCUCUCCCCCCUGUGGUUAUUUGCCACUGUCAUAUCCCCACUAAGCAUCUUGGGUAAUUACUAUGCCUUUAUUUAGCAAUUGCAUUCUUAUUUCUCUGGAUGUUCCCUGUGUGGGUAUUCACAACAAGAACGUUCUAUAGUCAAGCUUAUGUGUGUUUAUGACUUCUUUAAUGUUGCUACACCACAGUAUUGAUAACUUGUCAUUUUCUUUUAAUGCUUUUUUACAUGGUUAGCAGGAGUGCAAGUAGAAUUCCACUAGAAUGUGUGCGUCUGUUCAGUUACAAGGCUGUAACUAAAACAACAUUGUCUGAAAAAUAAUACAGAAAAAACUUUGUAUAUAUGUGUGAGUAUGUUUCAUUAAUUGUAUAUUGAGUUCAUUGAGUGGUCUGGUCAAACUGGACAUAACCUUCCUUUGUGAUCUAAUCGUGAUAUUUGUGUCAUGCAAAAAGCAUAUUGUCACUGUGUUUAUUUCAUAAUUUAACUUUAGUAGUAUUGCAUGGCCCUCUAGGAAGAUUUUGCAUCUCUUGAACUGUAAGGCAUUUUCAAAAAAGCAAUUAGGUCAGCUCAGACAAACAAACAGUAAAUUAUUUUUUCUUUUUUCUUAAAAGUUCAAAUGUUGAAGGUGCGAGUUUUCACCAGACGUCAGUGAUAGAUUAAACAGCCUUUUUCUAAAAGCAUGAAAAUGUGGUCAGAAUUGUAUCAUAAAGACAUAUAAAUCAUUCACUGUCCUGAUAUCAAGCGUGUGUGAUGCCACUGACUGUAGAUAGAGAAAACGCCUGUUUUAACACUUAUUAAAGCUACAUGUACAGGCUGAAACGUCUUAUCCACUUUCUUCUUAUUUUUAAAAUGGCCCGACCGUCAUUUGGCUCCUUCUGGUCAUCCCUGAGAGUGUGAACCAGUGAGCUGUUCUGUACAGUGGGUGAGUCAUCUCAUCCCACAUGUAGAUUUUCAUUUUGUGAAGUUGGUCUGCUGUGUUUUAUUUUUAGGUGAACCAUCUGUAAUGGAAACAUGAAAUCAGGAUUCAUGGUCUUUGGCAUUCAUGGUUAUUGCUAUUAUUCCAUCAUGAUAUUAGGGAGAUUUGGUUAUGUGAUGCCCUGUAGCAAAACAGACUUGAGUUGUGUGCAUGCUUGUUUAGAUGUGUACUGAUCGCUAAAUGUUCUUCCAUGUUUCCCGCCAUCUUAGUGGGUGCAGUCUAUGAAUAAAACAAUGAAACAUG